GCCCUGAUGCUCUUUGCUCACUUUGGAGCUUCACUGGAACCUCUAUAUAGGAGGUGCCGCUCGAACAUUCAACGUGUGAUGGAUUUCGCGAGUGAUGACAGAAACACGUCCGAAAUAUGAAACAGGCUUUGGUUUUUGUCACAUUUUUGUAGAGUCAUAAAGGGAGACUCGGGAGAAGUGAUUAACAUGAGCAGCUCAGUGGUGCUGACGUCUCUGAAGCGUGCGGUUCACAAGUCUGUGUGCAGUGUGUAGCAGUUGUAUAUGUUCCUCUAAGACUUGGCCCUCCAUGGAUAUUUUGGCCCUCCCUUAUGGUAAAAUGCUGGUUCUUGGGGCCAUCUCUGCUGCCUCAGCUUUUGUUGUCACCAUCCUGAUUGUGCUGGUGUGUGUGGGCUGUCAUACGAAAAGCAAAAGUAAACACAGCUAUGCCAGUAUGGGGAGUCAAAAGGGUGUUCUUCGACAGUCCAAGCUGAACUCCAUGAGUAAAUCAGACACACGUCUGCAUGAGAUGCAUCGAAUGCCUUGCAGUGCAAGAGGUGCUCUUAAGGAUCGGCCAGCCAGCAUGGACCUACUGUUGCUGCGAAGUCAUUGCUCAACUACUGACCUCCACACUCCAAUCUCUGCCUACCAACUGAACCGUAUUCCCACUGGCCAUGAGAGUGUGGUUUGUGACCCUCUCUACCCAGAAGAUGAAGGAUUAUAUGAGAAGGUUGGUGUGUUGAGAGCUCCUCCCCCAGCUCCACCCCUGAAUUCAGUACAAAGCCAAACAAUUCCUGAAAACAUACAAGGAGCAGGAGAAGAAGGAUUGGAGAGCAGAGAGAAAACUGAGGCAGGGCAAGCCGACGUGAUGGACGAGUAUGCCUCUGUAAAGAAGGUAAAAAGACUGGAGAGAGGGAGGAGGCCGGAAGGCUCAGAGCAGGAAAAUACAUCAGAGUCAUCUAGUAGCACCGUUCACAGAAAAACAAUGGAGUCUUUCCACAUCCCCAACAUCCCCAAGGGGGCAGUGUCCACGGGUAAUGGAGAGGUGUACAUAUGGAAGCCUCCUGAAGAGAGCAACACUCCCUCUUUGAGAGGGCCAUCGCUGGAGAAUGGCCAGAGCAAUUCCAGCACCACAGAGGAGGAGAUACAGGAUCAUCUGUACCACAACCAGCAGAUUCAGGGCCAGUUUUUCCCCACAACCAUAAACCUACUGAACUGUACACUUCACCACUAGGUCUCACUAAUGUCACUAUGUCAAACUAAUAUAUUACUGCCUGUAAUCACCUUACAGUUCUGCUAAGCCCUGUACACUCUGUUACAUCUUUUCUACCUAAUUAUAAAUAUUAAUGUAAAUUCAUUGCCUACCCUAGUUUACAUCUAUUUAUGUAUACUUUAUUGGUUACUGUUCUACAAUGAACAUAAUGCACACAUUGUUACAGACAUACAUAAUUAUAUGUUUAGACAUUUUGUGCUUUUAUACAACUAGCAGAUAUUCACAUAUGCUAUUCUCAUGCACAUACUACCUUUAUUUAAUUGUUAUACAUAUAUUUUCCAUAUUUAUCUAAACUUGUUCCUGUACAAAUUAUUCUAGAAGAUGCUAAAUUGAUAGAUAGCACAGGCAAGAAGAUAUGCUCAGUCAAUAAAAACGGUCCAACACAUUCUGUAGGCAUGGGGCAUGAAGAAAAACCACAUCAACCUAUUAUAAUUAUGGCAGCAUGGCUGAGCCUAUCUGACCCUUUAGGUCCUUUUACAUUCUUAUGUUAACAAUAUAGCAACAGUCAGGUGCGUUAAAUCACCAGGGUGGCAAAAGGUUAAAGAAGCUUUGUUAGCUUAUGUGUAAUCUCAGCUUUGCUGUUUUUAGCAGCACAUGUAUCCAGUAGAGUUGUGCUUGUACUGAGGUGGUGCAGAAGAUCUGGGAAAUUAAGCCUGGCAAAAACAGAGAGUCAAAAAGAGUCAAAUCACUGUAAAGUAUGGUUGCCCAUCAUGGAACCAAACAGCCCUCUGACAACUGAUCUAGCUACCUAUUGUUUGCAUUCCUACAUCCUUCAUUGACUCUGCUAAAGCUACCAAGCAUUCAGCAGUAGAAACUCAGUGGUCAACUCGAGGCCCCUGAAAUCUUUGUCAGACAUGUGUGGCACUGAGAAAGCAUGGGAUUUAUCCCUACAUUUGAGCCCUUUACCAACUCAUAGGGCCCCAGACAGAAUGUUUGGAGUAUCAUAUUAGACUGAUUGGCUGACGAUAACCUUCCAGCAAUUGCUGAGAAAACGGCAUACAUUAGCAAUAAGCUUGUCCUGUCAAGAUUUUGUAAAAGCAACAUUCAGGGGAGUGAGUUCGGUUACUUAUUAUAUUUGUACACCCUUCCAGUCAGUGCAAUAAGGAGAUUCUCUGUGAUUUACUGGUGUAGGUUAUUCAUGUGUUAAAACAUCACCUCUACUACUUUUGAAUGUUAGAAUAAAACAUUUUACGUAGAAUUGAUAACUUGAGAUACCCUCCAAUCUGUCACUUGAACCUCUGGAAAAAAAAUCUGAGAGAAGGUUCCAAAAGGGAACAAUGACAAUUGAUGAUGCUAUUUUAUAAGGCCAAAAGGUCACUGUGUGACUUUAUGGUAAAAGUUUGGACAUGCACAUGCACAAGACAGUAUCCAGAUGGUUAAACACCACCCCUGGCAAGAACAGGAUUACAUAUUUUAAUUAAGCAUAUCCCUGUAUAUUUACUUGCUUUAACAAUAUUGCAUCACCUGUAAUGGUCACUAUUGAAUUAAACUGAAAUGAACUGAACUAAGAGAGAGACAAAGUUGGAAAGUGAACACUCUUAAGGCAUUAUCAACUGUGGCAUUUUUUUGAAACUUCUAUAUACUGACUCUGCACAGCACAAUACAUAUCUACUUACUGGGACAGCUUAAUGCUGCAUAUGAUUUGCUGUGGAAAUAGCAUACACACAUAGGGGAGUGACACUGAGGUGGUACAGGAAAUCUGGGAAAUUGAACCAGACCAAGAACAUUUUACUAAAGCUGAGUCGAGUCACUGUGAAAUGUGGUCUUCCCUAGAGGGGCCAAAUAGCUAUCUGGGAAAAUGAAACAUGCUAUUAAAGAUUUCUCAACAGCUAUAUUUUUGUAAGUUUUGAAACAAAAACAAACACAGACUUGCUGAAUUCUGUGUUCAGAGGUUAUGCUUCGACUAGGCAGUCUUAUUUACAGUCUUAUUUACAGCAUGUACUGUAUUUAAAUCCCACUACAGCUACUGUAUAGCACUAUAGCUACUGAUAUAAUUGUGUUUGCAAGUACAGGGUAUUCUAUUCUCCAGCUGCCGUCCUUACACUGAAAAACAAAUGCCAUAAAGGUCACUCUCUGACUGAGCUGAAUUCCUCACUACACAUUGUCACUACACAUUUACAUGUCAUUUGACUAGAAGUUGCAUGCAGCACUAGUACAGUAAAGAUCUUUAACGAAAUUAUUAUCUGUACAUUUAUGUAUGCAGUUUUGUGUGUGUGUGUGUGUGUGUGUGUGUGUGUGUGUGUGUGUGUGUGUGUGUGUGUGUGUGUGUGCUUGUGUGUGUGUGUGUGUGUGUGUGUGUGUGUGUGUGUGUGUGUGUGUGUGUGUGUGUGUGUGUGUGUGUGUGCGUGCAUGCGUGCGUGCAUGUGUGGUUAGAAGGAACAGGGGAAUUAAGGGAGCCUAUCACUCAGUGUCUUUCUGCCAGUAACCCAGUUUGAGGUGCAUGUUCUCUCUGGUCAGCUCUUAUGGUAAAAGUUUAACAGGAUUAUCUAGCAGUUAGGUAACACUCAAGCCAGUCAAAGAAGAUAAGAUUGUUUACAUUGGCACUGCCUCUAGGUGUCAAAGUGAGUCAGAAUUGUGCUGUAUGCAAGCAAAAUUAUUUAGCAUACAUUUUCCUGCAAGCUCAAACCACACACAUGCACACUAACACGGUACUUGUUUAGACAUGUCUAGAUUGGAAUGAGUAAAUAAUCAAACCAAACGUAUUAAAUGCAUAGAUUGAAUGAAAAUAAAUAAAUGAAAACUUAUUAGCAUAAGUAGAAGGCAGAAUGUGUAUUAGUAAUCUAACAAAUCAGACAACCAACCUCUUUAGUAAAAUUCAUCUUUCUGAUAAUGAGAUUUCGACUCAAGGUAUUUGUGAAAUUACAGACAUAAUUUUAUGAAUGUGUCUAAAAACUGUUCUCCUGCUUUUAGGACACAGUUGCUUUGCUUCAUAGGAUGGUUUAUAUUAUCUACUUUGACUGCCUGACUGUGGUUCCUCUGU